AUGCACAAUUGUUUCCCCAAGUGGUAUUGUAUAAGAGCCAUUCUAAUCAACGGACAUCUGUCAAAGGUGCCUUAUCGUUUCCGAAUCGUUCAUGGACGUGACAUGGUUCCACGAUAUCCGAGAAAAUUCGAUGGCGAAUGGACUCCACCUCAUCAUCAUCGUUACGAGGUGUGGUACCCGAAUGGAAUGGGCGUUGGAGCGAAGUACUUCGUAUGUCUUGGAGCAGAAGAUCCACAGUGUAGUACUAGACUUUCACCCUGGGAAAUACGCGCUGCUGAUAACGAUAUAUAUUUUGGAAGGAGCAUGCAGAACUGGGCGGCAUCAUUUUGCGAUGACAGCAUAAUGUAUGACAAGCCGCGUAUGGCUAAUUUUGCCAAUCUUCGAGAACCCGUUUAUGAUAUGUCGUCCAUUCGGACUACAUAUCCAACUAUGGCGACUAUACCUACGACUAGUGUUCAUCCAUUCUUGAUGAAGUCUCGUUUGGUAACCAUUGGGAAUCUAAUGACACCUCCAUAUGAAGGAACAAAGAAAAUGACACUUACGACUGAACCGAUUCGAACUACGACACCAAUGUGGCUUAAAACGACGACGAUCUCUUCGACUCAAUCAACAAUUCAUUCCAAAAUUUUCUCAACCACUUCAGCAAUCGCUUCAACAACUCGCACAGUUAGCCAAACAGCUCCACCUACGACAAGUACAGCUGCUCCAACAACCCGUACAGUGAACCACACAGCUCCUACUACGACGACAACAAGUCCUUCAUCAACUCGCACAGUGAGCUAUACCGUUCCUCGUACGACGAGUGCAACCCCUCCAACAACUCGUACAGUGAUUCAUACCUCUCCUCCUACGACGAGUACAACUCCUUCAACUACUCGCACAGCGAGCUACACAACCAGCCAUACGACGAGUUCAUCUCCUCCAACAACUCGCACAGUGAAUUUCGUAACGUCUCCUACGAUGAGUACGACUCCUACGAUAACUCGCGCUGCCAACAAAUCGACUGAAUCACCACAUGAGAGGCCGUCAAAUGUUACUUCAAUGGAUACGUCUUCCAGGGGGAGGAUAAGCAAUAUGACAACUAACCUUGCAACGAACGAAACGGGCUUAUUAUUGGAAAAGCUGGAUUUACAAGACCUAGAAAGUUUGCUGUAG